AUGGCAGCGACAAGACGUUCAUGCACCCGCCUCUCGGCAUUGCUUCCUUCGUCUUCUAAUGUUUUGUUCCGCACACAGCUGCCGCGGGCGACGGCGCGAGUUGCUUUGAACAAGAGAGCAGGCGUUGCUGCUACAGUGACUUUUACUCGCGGCUUCAUCAAUGAUGUUAAGGCUGGUGGAAGCAACAAUGUCGACUCCAUCGAGUUGAAUGAGAGUCUGGCGCCUACUAUCGAUCGCUCGAGGUCGAAGGUGUAUGACUCUGCUGACGAAGCUGUUGCGGAUAUCAAGAGUGGAUCUACCAUCUUGAGUGCUGGAUUUGGUCUUUGUGGUACUGCUGAUACCAUUAUCAAAGCUAUGGCAAAGAGAGGAAUUGAGAACCUGCACUCGCUAAAGGCUGUUUCUAACAAUGCUGGUGCUGGUCCCUAUGGUCUUGCCGAACUGGUUCAAUCUGGACAACUUACUUCCGUCAUUCUGUCUUUCUUGGGCACAAACAAGGCUAUUGAGAAGAAGUACUUGACCGGCGAGCUGGACGUCGAACUGACACCCCAGGGUACCAUUGCCGAACGUAUCAGAGCUGGUGGUGCCGGUAUUCCUGCUUUCUAUACUCCCACUGGUGUCUCCACAUGGAUUGAAACUGGAGAAAUCCCCAUCAGAAUGGGUCCUCCGAAGGAAGGUUCCAAGAUGCCUACAACUUUGCAAUCCGGCAACCGUCGUGAGACUCGCGAGUUCAAGGGCAAGAAGUACAAUUUGGAGCAUGCUAUUCAAGGUGAUGUUGCCAUUCUUCGCGCCUACAAGGUCGAUGAGGCAGGUAACUGUGUCUUCCGCUACACGACUGGAAACUUUGGUCCCAUGAUGGCCAAGGCAGCCAAAUGCAGUAUCGUGGAAGCCGAGCACAUUGUGCCCAUCGGCGAGAUCAAGCCUGAUGAGGUUGAUCUGCCUGGUAUCUACAUCGACCGCAUUGUGCCCGCAACAGAAGAAAAGAAGCUCGAAGUCAAGAAACUGAGAGAGCCUGAAGGCAGCGAUCAGAGCAACAAGAGCGAAGCCGAGCAGCGUCGUGAGAGAAUUGCUCGUCGUGCUGCCAAGGAGUUGAAGCAAGGUUACUACGUCAACCUCGGAGUUGGUAUGCCUACUCUUGCACCUUCAUUCUUGGACCCUGAAAUCAAGGUCUGGAUUCACUCGGAGAACGGAUUGAUGGGUAUGGGACCCUAUCCCACCGAGGAAGAAGUCGAUGUCGACAUCAUCAACGCCGGCAAGGAGACCGUCACAAUCGUUCCUGGUGGUUCUACCUUCGACAGUGCCGAGUCGUUUGCUAUGAUCAGAGGUGGCCAUAUCGAUGUGUCUAUGCUCGGUGCUCUGCAAGUCAGCGCCAACGGAGACUUGGCAAAUUACAUGAUCCCUGGCAAGGUGCUCAAGGGUAUGGGUGGUGCCAUGGACUUGGUUUCCAACCCUGAUCAAACAAAGAUUGUCGUUCUCACCGACCACGUCGACAAGAACGGCGUCAGCAAGAUUCAGCAAGAGUGCAGUUUGCCAUUGACCGGUGCCCGUGUGGUGUCGACCAUCAUUACUGAUUUGGUAAGUUUUUCUUGUGUUGUUUAUUCUGGACGAAUUCUGACAAAAUGUGAUAGNUGUGUCUUCCAGGUCGAUCGCAAGAAUGGAGGUCUUACUCUUACUGAGGUUGCUCCUGGCGUGUCAGUCGAGCAAGUGCAACAAAACACAGCUGCCAAGUUCAAGGUAGCCGACGACCUUUCCGAGAUGGAGUAG